CCCGCCGCCGGUCCCGUGCCGUCCCUCCGAGAGCUGCGCGCAUCCAUCCCGAAGGAGUGCUUCGAGCCCGACCUGGGGGAGUCGCUCAAGUACGCCGCGUACGAUCUCGCCGCGCUCGCCGCGUGCUUCGGCGUCAUCUCCCCGCACGUGGUGGACCACCCGUGGCUGUUACCGCUGUACGCGCCCCUCACGGGCACCGUCAUGUGGAUGAACUUCGUCGUCGGCCACGACUGCGGGCACGGCUCCUUCUCCAAAUCCUCCGUCGUCAACGGCGUCGUCGGCCACCUCACGCACUCGCCGCUGCUCGUGCCCUUCUACCCGUGGGCGUACUCGCACAAGCAGCACCACAGGUUUCACAACCACCAGGUAAAGGACAUGUCGCACCCGUGGAUGACUGCAGAGGAGUACGCCGAGGUGAACCCCAUCGUCCGGGCUCUGGCGCUUGACGGGUGGUGGGGAACCUUCCUCGGCUUUCCCGGGUACCUCCUCCUGGAACCGCGGUGGGCCGGGACGGACGGGUGCCACUUCAACCCACAAUCCAGGCUCUUCGACAGGGCGCCCAAGGACGAGCGGGUGAAGUGCGCGGUUUCCACCGUGGCGUGCGCGGCGUUUCUCGGCGCGUCCUUCGUCGCGUGCGACUCGAACCCGGCGCACUGGUUCGCUCAGUACUUGGCGCCGUACUUGUGCUUCUCGUGGUGGCUCUUCACCGUGACCUACCUCCAGCACCACGACUACGACACAACGACGUACGAAGAGGGCCAGUGGGAGUACGUGCUGGGGGGUUUGGAGACGAUCGACCGCGAGUUUGGGCACGGCGUGGACGAGCUGACGCAUCACAUCACCGACUGCCACGUCGCGCACCACAUGUUCUCGGACAUGCCCCACUACCGCCUGCCCGCGGCGACCGCCGGGGUGCGAUCGGUGCUG